AUGCGAUUGCAGCAGUCAGGUGGGAGGGCAUACUGUAUAGGUGUGGGAAGGGGGGAGGACGUCGACCCCGCCGUACUACCGCAGCGUCUGUCGACAUCGAUCCAGACGCCUGACGUCAUGGAUAUUCGCGCCAAAACGAGAGCGCAUGCGCGAUUUCUACCGCAGCGGCCGCACUCAAUGGACGCUUGGUUAUCAACCGGUGGGCACGCUUUCCGGCGCGUCGAUGUUAGCUCUUGUUAA